CCCCUCUGUCAUCCACCACACUCCUUCCCCAACUGCCGCCUCGCCACUCUAGCCCCCUCACCGUUUCUCUGGCAUCUAUUCCCAGCACUCCCUCUCCAGAGGCUCCACCCCCGUCCCCUCUGCCUCCACCCCCUCCACCCUCAACACCCCGGACGCGAACACCCGCGGCCUCUACUCCUCCCCUGCCGCAGCAGCAUUCGCAGCAGCAGAGUCCACCCGCGACCUCCCCGCAACCGCACCCCUCCAGCCACGAGACAUGUCCACCUACAACAACAUCGAGGCUCCCACCCAGUGGAUGGAGAAACCCCCGUCGCGCAGCAACCGCUCCAAGUGGAUCGUCAUCGCGUCCAUCGUCGGCUUGCUUGCCCUGAUCGGCGUCGGCGUCGGCGUAGGUGUGUCCCUGUCACAGAAGAACAAGAGCGGCAGCUCGCGUGCAAGUUCAAGUUCAAACUCCAGCUCCGUCACGCAGUCCGACCCCAACGACCCCAGUUCUUUCGUGAAGGACUCCCGCCUCAAGCAGUCGUUCUAUGGUCUCGCCUACACCCCCGCAGGCUCGCAGCUGCCCGACUGUGGCAACAACCUCAGCGAUAUUAUCACCGACAUGCAGCUCAUGUCCCAGCUGACGACGCGCAUUCGUCUGUAUGGAGCCGACUGUAAUCAAUCCGCCCUUGUCCUCGACGCGAUCCAGCGGACAAAAGUCAACUUGACCGUCUGGCUCGGAAAUUAUCCGGUCCCCACAAACGAGUCCGUCUACACCCGGCAGCGUGACUUGAUCCUCGACGCCCUUCAGACGUAUGGCACGGACCACGUCGGGGGCGUCACCGUCGGAAACGAGUUCAUGUUAAACUAUCUGAGUGCCAAUGGCGGCGGAGACGAUCCCAACAGUUCCAUCGGUAACACAGGCGCUGCUAUCCUGAUCGGCAAUAUCCAGGACACUAUCUCGAAGAUUGAUGCGCUUGGUCUUGACAAACAUAUUCCCGUCGGGACCGCGGAUGCUGGCAGUUACUUCAACACAGAAGUCCUGGAGGCUGUUGAGUACGGCAUGUCGAAUGUCCAUCCGUGGUUCGCGAAUGUCUCGGUCGAGACGGCGGCGGGAUGGACCGCCGAGUUCUUUGAUACCUGGAACCUCGAGCCCGCCGCGAAACUUUCCAACACGCCGAAGAUGUACAUCGCUGAGACUGGAUGGCCCACGAAAUCUUCCGAUGUUUCUAACGAGAGCAACGGGCCGUCGACCGCGUCGGAGGCAAACCUGCAGACGUUCUUGGACACGUUCGUGUGCCAGGCGAACACGAACGGCACGGGCUACUUCUUCUUCGAGUUCUUUGACGAGCAAUGGAAGGACGUCGAAUUCGGCGGUGUCGAAGGAUGGUGGGGCUUGUUCAAUGCCAACAAAACACUCAAGAACAUAGAGAUACCUUCUUGUUGAUAUCCCCAUGCCCCAUCAUACCCACCCAGCACAUGCGUACGAUACCGCUAUCCCCACGAAUUUCCGGUGAUAUCUUGGACCGAGCUAGCCCUUCCCCCUACCCCUCCCCUUAUGACCACGACACGGACAGUACGUUACGCUGCGGUGCCGUUUGUUGUGUUUAUCCCCGCUCUCGGACAUGGACUCGCGUUUCGUCUGUUUGCGAGCACAGUAAGUACAGGAUCGCGGUACCGUACGUAUUCGCGUCGACCGACCACCUACACCACGGACUUGCAUUAUUUUUUGUCUACUCUUUCCUUGUUCGUUCGUUCGUCCGUUCGUCCGUUCGUCCGUUCGUCCGUUCGUCUCUUGCGAGUGCGGUGCACCGAUUUGAUGUCCUAGAUGCCACCUUGUGCGGUGGUGUUUACGUUUGCAAUGUAUUCGUUGAAUUGCAGGUGCACUGCGGUUUUCUGCGGCGCUCUGCGCCAUCUCACG